AGAACUCGCGUACUUGAGAAUUGAGAAAGGGCCAUGAUCUGCAGGUCCGCCUCACCGUGUGAGCUAAGCAGCUAUGCUACAAAUAAAAAAUCGUAUGAGGUACAGCUCGCUGGGCAUCACUGCAGCGCGCCUGUUUUCUCCCGGCCCCGUCGAGAACCCGGUAGUAUUUUUGGACAUCGAUGCUGACAGCGAUCCUUUGGGGAGAAUAAUCAUUGAGCUGAAUGCAGAUGUGGUGCCAAAGACUGCAGAAAACUUCAGGGCUCUGUGCACCGGGGAGCAUGGCUUUGGAUACAAGGGAUCUGUGUUUCACAGGGUCAUCCCCGAGUUCAUGUGUCAGGGAGGAGAUUUUACCAACCACAACGGUACAGGAGGGAAAUCUAUUUAUGGGACAACGUUUAAAGAUGAAAACUUCAAGUUAAAGCACACUGGUCCAGGAACGCUUUCAAUGGCAAAUUCGGGCCCGAACACCAACGGCUCGCAGUUCUUCAUCUGCACAACGAAAACCGAGUGGCUUGAUGGUAAACACGUGGUGUUCGGGCAGGUGAAGGAUGGGAUAGAUGUGGUCUCCAAGAUGGAAUCCUUUGGUUUACAUGACGGCGGUGUGAUCAAAAAAAUUGUCAUCACAGACUGCGGGGAGAUCAAAUGACGCCCGAGUGCACUCACAGACUUCUGCUGGAUGAGUCAGUGUGCAGCAAUCUAGUAUUUACUCUGUCCUGGCUCGUGUGUUCGUGACACUCUGAAGGCGGGGCUGUCGCAGGUGAUCAGCUUUUACUCAAAUCUGCGCUUUUUAACUCCUGGUUUUGAGGCUGAGCAAAGCCAGAGGUUUCUAACGCUCAGACAGACGUUUUUACUCAUUAAAAUUUUUACUCGACUGAUCUAAAUUGUAUGCAAGCAUGUAAAACAAUUGUGUGGUGACUCAUUCUCCAAUAACUGCCAAAUAAAUGACCAGUUUUUUGACUUUACCAGCUCUGGUCUUACUGCAAGACAUUUGCUCUGAUGUGCCACAAAUCCUGCUGCUUUUAAAGCUUCCCGGAAACGAUCCAGCCUGCUUUUUUUAGACACGGGCUCCAGCGCGACUGACUUCCUGUCCAUCAAGAGCAGGAUGUGACAUCAUGUGACAUUCCACCUACACUGCAGCUGAAGCAUCACAUGUAUGCACGAUGGGCAUGUGAGCUAGAGCCUCUUAGGGUGAAGUCGUUUCAGGACCUGAAAUUGCUUUUUUAUUGAGACACAGGGCGUCUUGAAGAGGGAGAGAGACAUGUCUGAAAGCCAGAGACUGGGUGGUGCUGCUUAUCGAGCUAAUACUUUAUAAAAGUAAAUAAUGAAGAAGAAAAAGGCAGCUCUUGCCCCUAAAUGAAACCAUAUGUGCGCUGACCUUCCUCCGUUUGUUUGAAUUCUCAGAUUACAUUGUUGCCAUAGAGAUUUUUCGGCUCUCGCUCUGUUUGAGCUGGAGAUGUUGUAACAAACUUGAUAUAAUUUGGGUCCCCACCCUCGGGUUUAGUUUUAGUUAUUUGGAAUGCAUGUCCAAUAAUGUGUAUGGAAACUUG